AUGACAGAUCUCACUCCUAUCAGCCCAUGGCACGGGGUCGGUCACAUGAAGCUCUACAGACCCAUCGCUUUCGUCGCAUUCACCAAUUACAUCCAAGAAACCCCCAUCACCGAGGUCGCACCGGAAAGUAUUCCUGAGGGUGUUCUUCCCUGGUCAGGCUACGAGAUGCGGAGGGACCAUCCUAACGAAACGGCACGUGCUGACGGCUGGACAUUGAAUGACGAAGAGGCUGUGAAGAUUGACGUCAUCUACGGCAGCAAUGACAUUCACAAGGGGACGACCCUGAAAGCCAUGAAGAUGAUCCGGCAUCCAGAAUUUGACGCCGCCAAGUUUCUCCACGACAUAGCCAUACUUCUGGUAGAUAACGAAUUCGCGUAUGGAAACAACGCAAGGCCAAUAUGUGUUCCGUCUGCGCCCGUGAAUAUCUUCAACUCGGACGUCGUCGUUGCCGGUUGGGGCUUCCUUUCCCAAGACGGCAAAGCUGUAGAUUACCUUCGGUACACGGUCGUCAAGGUCGUGCCUAAUGCACGUUGCGCCGACAAGUUCCAGCACACCGGCUAUCGGAAAGACCUCAUGUACUGUGCGUACAGGCUUAACACCGAUGCUUGUCAGGGUGACUCGGGAGGUCCGAUGAUGACACGAGUCCAAGAUGGCCGCUACCUUCAAGUUGGCAUCGUAUCCUACGGCAUCGGAUGCGCACUGGACGACAUGCCGGGGGUGUACGCGCGCCUUGAAGCCCUCGUUCCCUGGUUACUGAAGUCCAUUGGUGCCUAUGAAAGCUACAGGGACCUCAGUAUGGAGGACAUUGCGGUCCCAGCGAAAUAG